CCAUAACAACGAUACGUCACAACAACAUUAGAGUAGAACCUAAACAUUAUUGAAAAUCUUAUAGUUUUUGAGGAGCCAUAAAUUCAUGUAAUAAAAGUUGUUUUAGCAAAUAUGUUUAAGGAUGAUCAAAUUUUGUAGUAAUAAUAUAAUAUGCCAAAAGUGAUAGAGUUAACAAUUCAAAUAGACGUACAAAAAGUAUCAUGUCCCGGUGUAUGGUUAUGCCAGUCCGGUCGAGUGUCUCUAAUUGUGUUUGCACUCGGCACAAGCUAUCAGACAUGUAUGCUGCCGCCUGUCUUCCCGCUCAUGUUCAAAGACGUCUUCUACUUCCAGAAGCGAUUUCGGGAAACAUGUGCUCUCAACAAUAUUUGUUGUUUAUUAAAAAAUGAAACAAUAUACUGUGAGUUAGUGCAAUGGGCUGAUAGCUGUGAGUCAGACAAGUGUAUGUUGUUGGCGCAAUACUUGGGCGCUCUCAAUGAUAUCUUGUUCCCACCAAACACAUGUUCCACUGAUGGAGUAGAUCUACUUAUGCGAAGGACUAAAGGCUUUCCUGGCAUCUUAUCCCCUAAAAUAGAGAUAUCUACUAAAGUUCGCAUUGACGAAAUAUUGAAUCAGAAAAAUAAAGUACCAAAUGGGCCAGUAUGUAACUGCGAGCCAGGGUCGGAUGCUGAUGGCUCUAGACAAAAACCUGUCUGUCAUUCUCCAUUGUAUCACAGGGCCAGGUGUUACGGUAGAGGUCCAUUCACAAACGUGAGGUCACGGUCUCGGUCAAUAGAGACGAAAUCUUGCGCCAGUUUCCAACCGAGAGAAUCGGGCUACGUAUCAAACAUAUACCUCCCGGAUAGGAGGUUCCGCCAGCACUCGCGCUCCCCGCGGCGCUCCCCAGGCCGCGCGCGACGCCCAUACCACGUCUACAACGUGGAGGCUCCCCCCACACCCUUCCAGCCAGGCAAUGGCACACACAAUGACAAUAAAGAUGAAUAUGAUGAUAUUGAUUCAAGAGCCAGCGAUCUGAAUAUGAAAGUAGGCGAGCCUGUGAACGCAACCCUGCCUGAAGACGAGCGCAUACAGCGGCUGCUGGUGGAGAGCCGAUACAUCGAGGAGCCCCGCGGGGGCGGAGCUCGCGGCCGCCCGCACCGCCCCAUUCCCCGCCAGCCCUGCGUCUGCGACAUCUGUGUCAGGUACCAUCAGCUCUUCCACUCAGACUCUGGUGAUAGCUGAUUCAUCUUAUUUAAUACCAUAUCUAAGUAAUGCAAGAUAAAAAAUGAUAUUUUUUCCAAAUAGAAUACUGCAAAAAAUAUUUUUUUUUUGCCUUGUAAUAUUUUUUUUUCGUGUUAUUUGAAAUUGCGAAAUAUUUUCUUAAAAAUCAAGUGCAAUAAGUUUCUUAUGCCCUCUAAGUUCAUAUUUUUUCAAAAUAUUUUUUGCAAAAACUCGUAAUAAUUUUCUUCGUUAUGGCUAAACUGCACAGUUGCAAUAAAUAAAACUUAAAAAAAAUUAAGUUUCGUAAAAUGUAAAAUAGUUGUAACAAAGACGUGAAUUGGAAUGCAACCUGAAUACAUUUUUAAAUGAAAUAUUAACUAGAACAAUUUUAUUUUAAAACGUGCAAUACAUAACAGUAAAUCUUAACCUUAAAAUAAUCGUGAAAUCAACAUUUUUAUAAUAAGAGGUAUUUAUAAUUUAAAAAAUAUUUAACAUUCCAAUAUGGAAAUAUGGUAUUUGAAAGGAUAAAUUUUUUUGUCAAUUUUUUUUUGUUAUUUUCAUUAAAUAAAAAUGUUAAUUGUUGAAAAAAAAAAAUAAGUUGUCUAUGUUUUUUAGUAGUCAAGUAAUUAUU